ACACCUCCACCCUACCAACCUAGUGAUCAAUCUCCUCCACCGCCGUCAUCAUCUAGCCCACCUCCACCAACUCCAACCACCCCACCAAUACCUCCAUCUAGUCCUCCUAUUACACCUCCAACAUACGAACCUAAUGACCAAUCACCACCACCUUCAUUGAAUCCUCCAUCCAUUCCUCCACCACCUCCUUGUAGCCCACCCGCAACACCUCCAAUGGAACCGACUAAUGAGCAGCCUCCUCCACCAUCGUCGUCAUUGAGCCCUCCACCAGUAGCUCCUGCUACGCCUCCACCCUACCAACCUAGCGAUCAAUCCUCUCCACCACCACCAUCAUCUAGCCCUCCUGUUACACCUCCAACAUACGAACCUAACGAUCAACCUCCACCGCCACCUUUAAAUCCUCCAUCCAUUCACCCACCGCCUCCAUCUAGCCCACCUGAAACAUCUCCAAUGGCCCCAAUUAGUGAGCAGCCUCCUCCAGCAUCACCCACAUUUAGCUCCCCACCACCAAUAGCUCCUACAACACCUCCCCCUUACCAACCUAUUGAUCAGUCCCCCCCACCACAAUCAUCAUCUAGCCCCCCACCACUAGCUCCACCCACCCCACAAACACCUCCAUCUAGUCCCCUUGUUACACCUCCAACACAGGAACCUAACAAUCAACCGCCACCGCCUCCAUUUAAUUUUCCGUCCAUUUCCCCACCACCUCCAUCUAGCCCACUUGCAACAACUCCAAUGGCCCCAACUAAUGAGCAGCCUCCUCCACCAUCAUCGUCAUUUAGUCCCCCAUCAAUAGCUCCUACUACACCUCCACCAUACCAACCUAGUGAUCAAUCCCCUCCACCGCCGUCAUCAUCUAGUCCUCCACCACUAGCUCCAGCCACCCCACAAACCCCUCCAUCUAGUCCCCCUGCUACAUCUCCAACCUACGAGCCUACCGAUCAACCACCACCGCUACAUUGCCAUAAGCCCGGACGUGGUCCAAAUCCCCAUGGCGGUGAUGGUCAUAGUAAUAACGGUCGAGGACCACCAGAAAAGGAUUGCAGUGAAGCAGAGACAUCACCGCCAUCGCCCGAGCCAUCCCCAAACCAAGGUAAUGGUUCGCCAUCACCACCGCCACCCCAGUCUUAUUAUCCACCCAUGGCUCCACCUCCAUUAGAUUCUAGUCCUCCUACACCACCACCACCAUACCAACCUAGUGAUCAAUCCCCUCCACCCCCGUCAUCCUCUAGCCCCCCACCACUAGCUCCAGCCACCCCACAAACACCUCCAUCCAGUCCCCCUGUUACACCUCCAACAUACGAACCUAACUAUCAACCGCCACCGCCUCCAUUGAAUCCUCCAUCCAUUAGCCCACCACCUCCGUCUAGCCCACCUACAACACCUCCAAUGGCCCCGACUAAUGAAUGA